GCCGUGAAAUAUACUCAACAGGAAGCUAUAUACCAAGAAAACAUGGAAGCAGCUCAGGCUGCUGAUGCUGCGAGAGUCCUUGUCAUGUCAUCAAGGCAAAGAGCAGAUCCACAACGAUCUAUGAAUUCAGAACACAAUGUUUCUAACAUAUCACGAUUUUCAGAAUUAACUUUAGGAACUAGUUCUAUCAAUAAUGUUGAAAGUAGUCCACGUUCUAGUAGAUAUACAGGGUCUGUUAUAAUGGAUUAUUCCAUUUCAGCUAGCCUUAAUGACGAUUUCAUAACAAAUGAACAAGAAAUUGGCCUGACGCCACAUAAUAGAGGGCAUAAAAUGAAAAAUAGAGCUGCUGCUUUAGAUAGCGGUGUUAAACUACGUGCUCCAUACGGUUAUCAAGAAGAUUUAGAAUACAUUGAUAUACCUAAUGGUUCAAGACGCCCAAUUAUUUAUCGUAUAUCCACAGAAGAUGCUGAACAAGUCACGGAGUUUGAUGGUGAUUUACUAGAUAGUCCAUAUAAGGAUAUUAAUGUUAAGGAAAUUCUUGAUCCGUUAAAAAAGCCAGAAGAUGCAGUAAUAAAAUUGCAUUACAAACAUAUCUUUAAAAGUAAUCAUCUUAAUUCAUUAGCAAGAGUAUUGUGUGAAAAGAUUGAGAAAGAGAAAAUAUUCAACAUGAAAUUAAGUAGAUUGAUGUAUGUGCUGCAAGGUGAUGAUGUUAUGCUCCAAGAUUUGGAUUUUCGACUUAAUCCACCCCCAGAAACUGUCAGUACACGUGGUGUUAAGGCAGAAGAGGUUGAAGGUGGAUUAGGUUUUGGAGUUCUAAACGUGGGUUUACAAGGGAGCGAUAGGAGCAGAGGUAAACUUGCUCAAGAGACGAAAGAUCCAGGAUUAGAAAUCAUGAUACAAGUUCGUAACGAAUUAACGUCUUUACUUGUGGUUAGUAAUGAGAUAUUGAGGCGCUAUCAAGAAACAUGGGAAGGACUAAGAAGGGCAAUUCGACGUAGGGAUGAAGUAUACUGUAAGCUGCGUGAAAUUGACGCAUUGCGUCAAAAAGAGGGUCAAUGA